AUGACAGUGGAUGACUGUAGUGGAAUUAACAUUCGAUUGUCCCCCACUACUACUACUACUACUACUACUACUACUACUACUACUACUACUACUACUACUACUACUACUACUACUACUACUACUACUACUACUACUACUACUACUACUACUACUACUACUACUACUACUACUACUACUACUACUACUACUACUACUACUACUACUACUACUACUACUACUACUACUACUACUACUACUACUACUACUACUACUACUACUACUACUACUACUACUACUACUACUACUACUACUACUACUACUACUACUACUACUACUACUACUACUACUACUACUACUACUACUACUACUACUACUACUACUACUACUACUACUACUACUACUACUACUACUACUACUACUACUACUACUACUACUACUACUACUACUACUACUACUACUACUACUACUACUACUACUACUACUACUACUACUACUACUACUACUACUACUACUACUACUACUACUACUACUACUACUACUACUACUACUACUACUACUACUACUACUACUACUACUACUACUACUACUACUACUACUACUACUACUACUACUACUACUACUACUACUACUACUACUACUACUACUACUACUACUACUACUACUACUACUACUACUACUACUACUACUACUACUACUACUACUACUACUACUACUACUACUACUACUACUACUACUACUACUACUACUACUACUACUACUACUACUACUACUACUACUACUACUACUACUACUACUACUACUACUACUACUACUACUACUACUACUACUACUACUACUACUACUACUACUACUACUACUACGAAAAACAAUAUAUUCAUUCAUUAUCAUUUACUGAACGCGUAA